AGAUAUAAUGUGGCUCCGCACACUUUAAAUUAUGCUCCUGUACUUCGCCGCGCCGAGCCCAUUCGCGACAACCCGUUUGAAGGACCUUCUGACUACUUGGUCUUGCACACGAUGAAAUGGGGCUUGAUUCCUCACUGGAAUAAGAGUGCGGCUUCGGACUCGAAGGCCAUUAACGUGAGAUCGGAGAAUCUGGUUGAGGGAAGCAGUCAGUGGGUAAAGAUCAAGGGUAAGAGGAGAUGUGCUGUCGUCGCGCAAGGGUAUGUGUUGCGAAAGGCACCACCGUACAACGAGAGUGACGCACCUGUUUUCUACGAAUGGCAGAAGAAGGGAAAGGAACGAGUCCCUCACUUCACCCGUGCGAAAGAUAAUAGGUUACUUCUUUUUGCUGGCUUAUACGACGAUGUCAUCUUGGAGGGUCAGACGAAUCCGCUAUGGACCUUCACGAUCGUGACCACAGUAGCGAAUAAGGAGUUCGAAUGGUUACACGAUCGCCAACCAGUGAUUCUUUCUUCAGACAGCGAUGUCAAACUUUGGCUUGAUACGUCCUCUCAAAGAUGGACAAAAGAGCUGAACAAGCUUCUUGAUCCGCACGUAGACUUUAAAUGUCCUCUAGAAUGUUAUCCAGUUCCAAACGAAGUCUCCACGAUAGGCACAGAAUCUUCGAGUUUCAUCGAGCCUAUAUCGCAACGCAAGGACGGGAUACUAGCCAUGUUCUCAAAA